GCUGACCGCCGCGAUGGGGCUCCUGGACUCGGAGCCGAGCAGCGUCCUGAACGUGGUGUCCACGGCGCUCAACGACACGGUGGAGUUCUACCGCUGGACCUGGUCCAUCCGAGAUAAACGCGUGGAAGAUUGGCCUCUGAUGCAGUCUCCGAUCCCUACACUCUGCAUAAGUACUCUCUAUCUUCUCUUUGUGUGGCUGGGUCCAAAAUGGAUGAAGAACCGAGAACCUUUCCAGAUGCGCUCAGUGCUCAUUUUCUACAAUUUUGGCAUGGUUUUGCUUAACUUUUACAUCUUCAGAGAGUUAUUCAUGGGAUCUUACAAUGCAGGAUAUAGUUACAUUUGCCAGAGUGUGGAUUACUCUGACAAUGUUCAUGAAGUUAGGAUAGCCGCUGCGCUUUGGUGGUAUUUUGUAUCUAAAGGCAUUGAAUAUUUGGACACAGUGUUUUUCAUUUUGAGGAAGAAAAACAACCAAGUUUCUUUCCUUCAUGUAUAUCAUCACUGUACCAUGUUUACCUUGUGGUGGAUUGGAAUUAAGUGGGUCGCUGGGGGUCAAGCGUUUUUCGGAGCCCAGAUGAAUUCCUUCAUUCAUGUGAUUAUGUACUCAUACUAUGGGCUGACUGCACUUGGCCCGUGGAUUCAGAAGUAUCUUUGGUGGAAACGAUACCUGACCAUGCUGCAGCUGGUUCAGUUCCACGUGACCAUCGGGCACACAGCGCUGUCUCUCUACACUGACUGCCCCUUCCCCAAGUGGAUGCACUGGGCGCUUAUUGUCUAUGCCAUCAGCUUCAUAGUCCUCUUCCUCAACUUCUACGUCCGGACGUACAAUGAGCCGAAGAAGUCGAAAACUGGAAAAACAGCUGCGAAUGGAAUUUCAGCCAAUGGCGUGAGCAAGUCAGAAAAUGGAAAGAUGCAGAGAGAUGGAAAAGCAAAAGGAGAGUAAAUUGAACCGGGCCUUAACUGUUGACCGUGGGGAAGCUCCCAUUUCAUAGAAAAUUUCAGGGAAAACCGAAGCAAAUGAGGGUUGGGGGUGUGGAGAAAAAAGGCAGAUGUGCUCUACGUAUUAGUAACUUAGCCUGAGUCAAGUGUUCAAUGCAGUGCCCAGAUAUUUUAUUUAUGAAGUUUUUAUUUUAACUUUUUUUUUAUUAGCUUUGGUGUCGUCCAGACCAAAGCAAUCAUUAUGUGACUUUGGAAACUCUCCCUUUGCUCACAUCUGUUUGUCGCAUGCUUGAGAAUUUCCAUGUUUCUUUCAAAGUCAUUGUUCAGCUGGUGAUGACAGAAUUACAGUCUUCGUGAAAAAAAAAAAUUGGGGGCUAAAUUACUGAUUAGCUGUAAGUUACUUUACAUUUUUUUGAUCCAAAGGAAGAAAUGCAGAUACUUCAAAUUUUGCACAUUUGAAUUCAUUUGCUGACUGGCAUAGUCUUGACCUCUCCACCUUUUGUUUGAAUAAUGCCCCUUUGGUUGUAAUUAAAAUUUUAAAAAUCCCCUGAUUUCUGUAGACUCUUAAAGGCUUGAUGAUGAUGGUGUGGGUGUAAAUAAGAAUUACAGCAAAAUCCUCUCGGGUGACCCAAAGGUCCCUGUGACUUGUGGCACAAAUCACUGUGGUAAACAAUUUUUGUGAUGAAACGGCAGCACUCCAAUACUCCUGUUACUUUGAGAAAUGAUAUUACGGAAAUCCAAAAUGUCUAAUUGGAACAUGAAACAACUGCAUUUCAGUACUUAUGUUACUUUGAGAAGUAAUAUUACGGAAAUCGAAAUUGUCUGAUUGGAACAUGAAAAAUAACUUAUGUCUUUAUUAGUAACAUCAUAAAAUAAUUAUAUUUAUGUACUUUUAGAAGAGAGUAUGUUGAUUUUUAUCAGACUUUCUUUGUUAUGAUUUGUGGCUGUUACUGAUUUUUUUCACAUGUGGAAAUAAUACCUACCUCUUCUGUUGGAAAACACGUUUAAAAUUAAAUAAAUUUUAAUUUAAAAAAAUCAAGGAGUCCUCUGAUGUAACCUUUAAUACUGACUUUCUAAUACAUUAGCAUUUUCCCCGCUUUUUUACAAAUAACACACAUCAAACUUUUCCUGUGAAACUCUCCUCUUUUAAAGUGUUUAAUUUCAAGGUGAUAUUUUCCUUGUGAUAAAGUUGAAGGAUCUUAUUUAUUAACUCGAUGUGAAGUAUCAACCUAUUUUGGUGCAAUAUUCCUUGACUCCUUGGUGCUAAAGAUCAUGAAAUCCAGUGCUUGAUUGUUACAAGGUGUUACUUGUUGAGACACAAAGUGAAUAAAAGUGAGAGCUGUCAAAAUGAUAAAAUUAAAUUUCCUCUUAAAGUAUUUCAAGUAAUGAAGAUUGAUGACUGGAAAUAUUCUAGGAGGUAGAACUUGUGCUGUGUCAUAUUGCGUAGGCCAAAUCAUAGGAGAUUUUUGCACAGGGAUCACUAUAGACAGAAUAUAUGGCCAGAAAAGCAUGAAUAAUUCUGAAAUAUCUCAACAUGUCAGAACUGCGUGUGCAAGAUGUAAAACUCUUGUUCAGACAACCUCUUCCAGAACAUUCUGUAAGAUAUUUAUUGUAUAUGAAAUUUGCAUACUUUGCCCCCCAAAAGCAUGCAGUCAUCGGAAUAAUUUAAAUUACAUACUAGUUCAGUCUAAGAGAUUCAGUACUUUUGUUUUUGCUGCUCAGUUUGUUAUGACUAGAGAAUUGUAAAUCUUUGUGAAUAUUCUGUAUUGAUUUCCCCAGAACUAUCCAUCCCCUGCUACCUGAUUUCAGCACAAUAAAUAUACUGCUAUGGGAAAAUUA